AUGCCAUUCCUCAGAACUGAAACUGAAACACCACCAAGCGUCGAGGGCGGCUUUGAUGCCUUCGAGAAGCUCGUGCAGGAUUUGAGCGCUGCUCUCGGUCCGAGCUCAGGUCUUGAUUCUAGCGACGUCGACCCCAUGCAAAUACAACUUUUGAUGGAGAAAUACACGUCGAAAUUAGAUGAGUGGUCUUCGUAUGCCUUGGAGGAUGCGAGCAGGACAUACACAAGAAAUCUCAUCGAUGAAGGGAACGGCAAGAGCAACCUGUUGAUCCUCGUAUGGAGCCCUGGCAAAGGAAGCGCCAUACACGAUCAUGCAAAUGCACACUGUGUGAUGAAGGUAAUUGAAACCUCUUCGUGGAUGAGACUCACAACCCUGACUUUUGAAAAGAUCCUCAAAGGCAAACUCCAAGAAGACCUCUACUCCUGGCCCAAUCAGAAUCAGAUCGAGAAUGGUCAGGAUUGCCCACCACGACUAGCCAAACAAACCAUCUAUGGCGAGGAUCAAGUCACAUAUAUGUCCGACAAGCUUGGUUUGCAUCGCAUCUCCAACCCUGAUCUCAAUGACUUCGCCGUCUCCCUGCAUCUCUACACACCACCCAAUGCUGCUAUUCAUGGAUUUUCUAUCUAUGACGAGCGGACUGGCAAGGCAAGGCACAUCAAGCAAACUAAUUUCUACUCGUUCCGUGGAAAGCGCCUAGACGAUGGUCACAAAUGA